AAGUUGAAAGGCAGGAGGAGGAGGAGGAGGAGGCGCGAUUUCUUCAUCCCACACCGUUCUCAGAUGAAGCCACUUGGUUUCUUGUGAUCCACAUUGUGUCCGCGUUCCACUUGGAGCUACUUCCAUCACCACACCAUGGCGGGGGCUAUUAUUGAGAACAUGAGCACCAAAAAGUUGGUGAUCGUGGGAGUGAUUCUGCUUUUGUUCCAAGCGUUUGCCUUCAUGGUGGGCGGGUUGAUUGCUCCCAGUCCCACCACAGCAGUCCACUACCUGGCCACCAAAUGCGUGGACACAGUCAAGCACCGCCAGGGAACAAAGUGGUUCAUGCCAUGGGGUCCCAACCAGUGUGACAAGAUUCGAACCUUCGAUGAAGCCAUGGCCAAAGGGAUCGAGGCCAACAACAUUGUGUUCGCGGUCCACAUUCCUCUGCCUAACAAGGAGAUGAGCCCCUGGUUUCAGUUCAUGCUGGUCAUCCUGCAGUUUGACAUCGCAUUCAAGAUGUACAACCAGAUAGAGGAUGGAGCGAUGGUCACUGUGGACGUGGGCCUGGCCUACAGGGACGAUACGGUCAGCGAGUGGACGGAGAUGGCUCACUCUUUUGAACAGCGGAAGCUCAGCUGCAAUUUCACCACUGCCAAGACUCUUGAAAACGAGGGCCGCUACUACGAGUGUGACCUGCUGCCCUUCAUGGAGGUUGGCAGCGUGGCCCACAAGUACUAUCUACUCAACAUCCGUCUGCCCGUCAAUGAGCGCAAGAAGGUCAAUGUGGGCAUCGGAGAAAUAAAGGACAUUCGUCUGGUUGGAAUCCACCAAAAUGGGGGUUUCACUAGGGUGUGGUUUGCCAUGAAGACCUUCCUCACCCCAAGCAUCCUCAUCAUCAUGAUCUGGUACUGGAGGCGCAUCACGCUCAUGAGUAGACCUCCGGUGCUGCUGGAGAAAGUGAUCUUUGCUUUGGGCAUCUCCAUGACGUUCAUUAACAUCCCAGUGGAGUGGUUCUCUAUUGGCUUCAACUGGACCUGGAUGUUGCUCUUUGGAGAUAUCCGACAAGGCAUUUUCUAUUCCAUGUUGCUUUCCUUCUGGAUCAUCUUCUGUGGCGAGCACCUGAUGGACCAGACGGAGAGGAAUCGUUUUUCGGUGUACUGGAAGCAGGUCGGGCCCAUUGUGUUUGGGUCUUUCUGUCUUUUUAUCUUUGACAUGUGCGAGAGAGGUGUUCAGCUGACAAACCCCUUCUAUAGCAUCUGGGCGUCUGAUGUGGGGACUGAGCUGGCUAUGGCUUUCAUAAUAGUGGCAGGAAUCUGUGCUUGUCUCUACUUUCUCUUCCUCUGCUUCAUGGUUUUCCAAGUAUUCCGCAACAUCAGCGGUAAGAGGACUUCGCUGCCCGCCAUGUCCAAGGCCAGACGCCUGCACUACGAGGGUUUAAUUUUUAGGUUUAAAUUUCUCAUGCUGGUCACUCUGGCUUGUGCUGCCAUGACUGUCAUCUUCUUCAUCAUCAGCCAGGUGAAUGAGGGUCACUGGCACUGGGGGGAUUACACAGUGCAGGUGAACAGUGCUUUUUUCACUGGCAUCUACGGAAUGUGGAACCUGUACGUCUUCGCCAUCAUGUUCCUGUACGCCCCAUCUCACAAGCGAUACGGCGAUGACCAGUCAAGCGCUCAAUGCAUCACUGGUGAUGCCGGGGCAUCCAGUGGCGAGGACAUCCAGUUGACCACGACCAUCACUCAUGUUGAUGGCCCCACUGAGAUCUACAAGAUGACUGGCAAAGAGGCCCAAGAAUAGAUCUCGCAUUGUUGUUGACACCUGUUAUUACCUACUGUUCCAAUACCGCCCUUUUCCCACUGACGUCCUGUUACAAGCUUUUCUCCUUAUACCUCCACCCACUGUUGCAGCAGCCAUCUUUCAAUCGUCAACUAAGACUUCUCCCAUGCCACCUGGUCCCCCGACAUCCCUGUUUUACCUGAAGUCCUUUUCAUUUCACAGUAGGCAGCCCCCCCCCCUCUCCAUUUCAUAAUUGUAUGUACGCUAUUUGUUUGUAAAUGUUGCACAACACUUAUGACACCAUGUCAGAUACUUGAAAGCUUCUUUGUGGGCAAGAGGGUCAAGCAAAUUAUUGGUGGAAAAAGUUGCAUUAAGCAGCAGUUUGCACUGAAGUUUAACUAUUUGCUAAACCCUGAGCUUUUGAUGGGAAUGAACAGUGUGAUUUUUUUUUUCUGGAUGCAGUACUGCCCCUUUGUCAAUUUAUGUCCUGUUAUAUUCAUAGUGAAUGUGAUUGAACGGUAAUACAUACUUUUUUCCCCCUCUACAAAAUAGGUAAUGUGAUAUAUAUUAUUAGUCAAGUGGUGGAAGUUUUUUAUAUUACUGGGGAAAAUGUACAGACUACAUAGCCCAUUUGGGAAAUUCGUAUUAUUUGUUGUCUAUUUUUAUAGUGUUUUGUUUCAACUUCAGAACCAUGUAUCCAGCUCUAUAAGAGAUUAGAAGUUGCCAGUAGUUAUUAAAUUCCAUAUUAUUGUUUUUUUUUUGCUUUUUUUAAAUUAAAUAAAAGUACUUUUACUUAA